GGGACUGGCCAAAGAACAAUUAAUCCUUUGUUAGCUGAUUUUUCUGAACUUUUUCCUGCCUCAGCCAUGGAAACGCUGCUCAGACCUCUCAUUACUCUACUCUUUCUCUGUCUACUUACAUUCAACAUUUCAGUGGAGGUUUCAGCCACAACAUUGACACUUUACAACAAGUGCAGCCACUCAGUGUGGCCAGGCAUUCAGCCAAGUGCUGGCAAGCCCAUUUUAGCCGGGGGUGGGUUCAAGCUGCCACCAAACAAGGCCCACACUCUCCAACUUCCUGCCGGGUGGUCCGGCCGAGUUUGGGGUCGCCACGGCUGCUCUUUUGACGCCACUGGCCACGGCCGCUGCGCCACCGGGGAUUGUGGUGGUGCCCUCUUUUGCAAUGGCCUUGGUGGGACUCCUCCUGCCACUCUUGCUGAAAUUACUCUCGGAAAUGACCAGGAUUUCUAUGAUGUUAGUCUUGUUGAUGGCUACAAUCUUGCUAUUUCCAUUACACCCUUCAGAGGCACAGGCAAAUGCAGCUAUGCCGGGUGCGUGAGUGACCUGAACAUGAUAUGCCCGGUGGGACUUCAGGUGAAAUCACACGACAAGAAGAGAGUGGUAGCUUGCAAGAGUGCUUGUUUUGCAUUCAACUCGCCAAGGUACUGUUGCACGGGUAGCUUUGGGACCCCACAGUCGUGCAAGCCGACUGCCUAUUCGAGGAUUUUCAAGUCUGCUUGUCCGAGAGCUUAUUCGUAUGCCUAUGAUGAUCCCACAAGCAUCGCCACUUGCACCGGCGGAAGUUAUUUGGUCACCUUUUGCCCUCACCAUUGACUGCCUAGCUUUAAACUCUAUUAGGCCUCAAUGUUUGCCCUUUCUUGUUCUUAUGCCCAUCUUAUAAUGUAUUACUUGCUAGACGAAUGAAUUUAUUUGGUGUUAUUAAAUAAUAGUAUUAGCCUCCUUUGGCAAAUUUAUAAA